GAAAAAUUCAAGAGAGAAUUCAAAAAUUGCAACGAAGGACGUGCCUGUUCGCCGGUCUUCUUAGCUUUUUGGUGAAGGGUCUUCUGACCACUGUCUUCUCAGUCUCUUCUCCGUCAGACAGUACGCAGUUACUGCUACUCCGUGAUCUAAAUCGACUUUAAAAAGCUUCCACCGGUACCUUCUCAAAUGCCUACAAACCGUGACGCUCCGAUUCAAGUUCAACCUCCAGUACACUGUCGACGACCACGCUGGCCCAUACAUACCACGACGGCUCCCCGAACCAGAUCACAGACACUGAUGUCAACGUCUACGACACCGCGGAGGAGCUCACGGCAGACCGACUCCGACUCCGACUCCGACUCCGACUCUGACCAACAUGUUGUCCUGAAUUCCCCCCGGGCAACGGUAGACUUGACUGAGCCCCACCGUGAUCUGGCAUCACAAGGAAGAAAGAGGCGAGCUUCUCCAACGGAAUCGUCAGGAAGCAGCGAGCGAUCGCGCCGACGACAUGAAGCUUUUAGGAAAAUAUAUAACGACUGGUCCUACAUUAAAAGUGGGUGCGAGUAUAUGAUGAGGGAGAUUGAGAGGAUGAGGGACCCUGUGGUCAAGAUCAUGGACAUAAUUAACCAUCUUUAUCUCGAGCUUGAAGUCCCUAUGGAUACCUAUUUAAGAGCGUGCGAGUACGUCACCGAUCCGAAUCGAGCACGGAUGCUCCUGAAAAUGACGGAUGAGGGGCGACGAUACUGGCUUACUUCUUGUAUUUAGAGAGACUGAAACUGCUGUUUAUUGCUUCCUUUGUCUUUUCAGAACUGCCAUGGUUUAUA